AUGCGGGGAGUACAGAUCUUCUCUGGGACAUCGCAUCCCGUUCUUGCUGAGACUAUCUGCGAGCGCUUAGGCACCCUCCCCGCCCGAGCAGAUCUCGGAAAAUUUGCCAAUGGCGAGACCCAAGUGAACAUUGGCGUCUCAGUCCGAAACCAGGAUGUCUACAUUGUGCAGAGCGGCAGUGGAAAGAUCAAUGACAGUGUCAUGGAGCUUCUGAUCAUGAUCUCCGCUUGCAAAGGUGGCUCCGCAAAGUCCAUCACAGCGGUCAUGCCGUACUUUCCAUACUCUCGCCAAUCCAAAAAGAAGAGUCACAGGGGUGCUAUCACUGCCCGAAUGCUCGCAAAUUUGCUGUCGGUUGCUGGCGUGGAUCACGUCAUAACUUUGGAUCUACAUGCCUCUCAAAUGCAAGGGUUCUUCGGCAAGCCGGUGGACAACCUGUUUGCUGAACCUUUCAUUGCCCGUUGGAUCCGCAUGAAUGUUCCUGGUUGGAAAGAAGCUGUUGUCGUCAGCAAGAAUGCUGGAGGUACUAAGCGUGUCACCUCACUCGCGGAUACCUUGAAGCUCAACUUCGGAAUUGUCACUACUGACAGGCGCCGCCCCAGAGCCACCACCUUGUCAGACAGUACAGUCUUCUUUGAUUCUAUAGAGGAGAGUGACAACCCCCCAAAGCUUCAGAAGCCAUUUGCACUUCGCUUUCAAGGCGGGAAAAAUGAUCACCCUCGAUCUGAAGGGCCGACAAGUGCACCCAACGCUGAGGAUUCAUCAGUUGAAACAGUAGACUUUUUGCGGCCAGGAACCCCACCUGGUGCUCGUCGGCCGUCAGAAUUGGAGGCCGCCCAUGAGUGCACGGAUGUGCGAGUGCGUGAUGUGAUUACCGGACGGCUUGUACAAGGCCAGCUUGUGGAUGAUGAUUAUCCUUCCGCUGACCCUAACUCGGAGCCCGCAACUCCCACUGCCGAUAGAGAAGGCUCAGAGGCUAUUCCAGACUCUAUGGUAAACUCGAUCCUCUCAACUACUUCCUCAGCCCCGCCUGAACAUGCUCUUGGGGGCUCGUUCGAUGCCGCCGAGUCAUCUGACGAGGAGGGCAGCACUAGCCAUGGUCAUGAGAAAGAGAAGACGAUCACCCUGGUCGGAGACGUCCGGGGUCGAACUGUGUUCAUCGUUGAUGAUAUGAUCGACAAGAGCGGUUCGUGGAUUGCGGCUGCCGAAACAGUUGUAAAGAGGGGCGGAGCUAAAAAAGUCUACUGCAUUGCUACCCAUGGUCUCUUCGGGGACGAGUCUCUUGACCAAAUGGAAGCAUGCGCGUCGAUCGAUCACAUUGUUGUGACCAAUACUUUCCCUAUAUCUCCGCAGACCUUGAGGAGGUCGAAGAAGUUGAUAGUCAUCGACAUCUCGAGUCUCAUUGCGGAGAGCAUCCGACGUCAUCAUUAUGGUGAAAGCGUUUCCGCACUCUUUCAUCUCAACGAAUAA